AUAGAUAGAGCGGUGCGCCCCCCGGCGGCGAGGGUCGGCCGCCACGUGUGUCUGGCAACACUGUGGAUCGAUGGCCUUGACGCCGCUCGAGACGCAGAUCGUCUCCCUCUCUUCAGUGACGAUUUUUCCCUUUUUUGACUCCUUUCCGCCCUCGGCCAAGGCUCCCGGCGCUCGGAGGGAUGCGUGAGUGAGGCAGCGACGCGGCGACCGAGGCAGGAGGAGGUUCGUGGGGCUCGCAAUCGGCGGAAAACAUGUGGGUUCGGGACGGCCAUCCGCGCGCCCAAACAUAAAGCUUCGAGGGAGAGAGAGAGAGAGAGAGAGAGAGAGAGAGGAGGGCUGCCCGAGGUCUUAUUUCUCGCGUGUGGCCUUUUUCUGCCCCCGGACGCUGGACUCGGACCCCGGGCGACGAGGGCGAUGGACCGGGAGAGCGUCAGAUAGGGAAGUGUCGAGUCCUGAAGCGGAUAAUCUUCAUGACAUACUGCCAAGACUUCAGUAAACAUGGAGAACUCAGAGAUGCUUCCAGGGAGUGUGGAAGGAGGCGGACCGUCGGCGAUAAGCGUGAUGGUCACAACCAUAACCACCCCGACGACCUUGUCAACCAGGGAAACCCUCAACAACAUGGACUCGGUGAGACGCAGGAGCUCUCCCAUAAAGCUGGUGGGCCUGGGGGGGCUGGAGCGGCAGAACUACUGCUGCGGGCACUGGUUCCCCUCCUCCAAGAGCUACCACCGCCACUUGGCCGAGAAAGCCGCCUCUGACCUGACUCACGAGAUGAAGUUGAUCGAGAUUGGCAUGAUCCGGUGCACCAACUGCUCUAUGUGGGUUCACAUGGACAGCAUGAGCGGCCACUUGAGGAAGGUUCAUGGCAUCGUGAAGGUGGCCAAGAAUACCAAAGUGCUGCCCACAAACACCGGCAAGGACGUGAUGGGGAUAAGUGGGGAGACCCUCAAGAGCGGGACUAAUUUCGUCAUCAAAGUCAGUGGGCAGGCUGGGGCGCGCAACACGAAUGGGGAUGUCAGUGCGGUCGCAAACUCUAGUGGCUUGAAAUUAGUGACGACCAGUAGCGGCAGCCUGUACCAGAAAGUGCAGCUCCAGCAGGCCGUAAAUUCUGGUUCAAGUAAACUUUUGCUUCCGAAGACUGGGCCCUCUAAUAGCAUACCGCUAGUUAGCCUAGGACCACGAAUAGUCAUGAAGUCGGCCGUCAAGGCAGUCGCGGCAAACAACUCUGUUCCGAUCAGUAGUGGUAGUAAGAUCAUUCCGUUACAAAGUAGUGGUCAGGUGAUUCCGGCUGCGAGAACUAUGGCGGGCAUGACCACAGUGCAGAUAGCGGGGGGGACUAUGUUAGCUUCUAGUAGUGGCACCAGCCAGACCUCUUCUGUGCCUACAUCAUUUGUACAAAGUAAAAAGUCGGCAAAUCUUAACGGACAGAAUUUUGGUAGAUUAAUCAAGAAGUGUGCGACUUUGAAACCAAAAAACCAACCUGUGGUGGACGUGCAGCCUCCGGAUAGCAACUCCCUGGAAGCGUAUUCAAAGAUGAAAGACAGAGGGAAGGCUUCGAUAAGUGGUGAUCUGAAUCUGAAACCCGCCCAGUCCAAGAAAAGCCGGAAACAGGUGUUACAGCCCAGUGUAGAACCCGAAGCCAGUUUACUAUCCGUCUCCCCGUCAGUGUUAAAACUGAAAAAGAAAGGGAGAAAGCUUUCAGGUGACACAGAAGUUUUUGCGGAGGAUAAAGUCAGUAGUCCCAAGCCCUCAGUAAACCACAAGGGCUAUAGAAGAAAACUGAAAGAUAAUCCUAUUGAAAAUAAUACCCCGAAAUCCUCUAAGCAAAAUACCAAAGGAGUGAGAGGCGGCAUGAAGAAGAAGAGGGGUCCAGGACGGCCUCGCAAAGAGCGGGUGAUCGAGACGCCAGAUCUUUCUGAGAUUGACUCCCUAUUUAAUGAAGUAGAUAAAGAGGAUGCUGAAAAUGAGCCUUAUUUGAUGACCAAAGAGGAAGAAAAUAUUCCCACAGUCGAGUUGGACCUUUUCACUUUACCUUCUCUAAAUGAACAAGUCUCGGUUCUCCUCACGGAACCGCAGAAUCCUAACUUUAAGGUGUAUGCUAGUAUGGAUGCAAUUUUUGUUGGGGAUUCUGCACUAGGAGAUGUUACAAACCAAAUUGGCUAUGUGACUGAUGCUAAUAACGUUGUUUAUGUUAACCCUAGCCACUUUUUAUUUCCAAACGUUGAAGAUCUGGAGAACUUUGUACCGAGUCCAAUAGUCACCAUGAAAGGGAACAAGAUUGGGGUGAGUCCAAGCAAAGUGUGCAAAUUGAAUUCCAGUAAACCAGUGGCACCAACCAUGCUGAGAGAAAAUAAAUUUGUCACUUCAAGUCACCCAAGAGAGGCCUCCAGUUCAGAACCAAAUGUUGAAAGAGUUAGUAUAGAGGAAAGAGAAUCUCAGUUCCCAAGUGCUAAGUUGAAAGGGUCCGAAAGAGUUCCAACAAGCGCUGUUUCAGAACUUGACCAAACUGGCCUUUUAAGCGUGAAGCCUCUCAGAAAGACCAAUGCAGACCCCAUUCGCAGUGAACAAACGACUCCAGAAACAGUAGCCUUAGGUACAGCCAGUGACAGUAGUUUCCGUGAAAUUUUGUGUCCUAGCACGAGUGAUAUGUUGAAUUCCAUAAAUUUAGACAAUAGUAGUUUGAGAAACUUACAAACAGAAAGUGCAGAGAAAAUUGUGGAGAAAAGGGAGGUACCUGUUGUCUCAAAAGUUGCUCAAUCCGAGGGUGAAGACCUGUUCUUUGCCUGUAAGAAUACCAUUGAAAUGCCAGUCAAUAUCUGUGAGGGUGACGGGGAAGGGGAUCAAUCUCAAGAUGGCUUUGCGGUGAGUGAAGACUCGUUAUUGUGUGAUUCAUCAGAGAAAUUGGAGGAAAAACCGGCUUACACUUCCGAAACUGCAAAAUUGUUGUUAUCUUCACUUGAAACCAUAACAGGUGCUUCCUCAGAAAAUAAGGACGCAAGGGACCAAAUUAUAACUGAUUGUAAAGAUUGGACAGAUGAAGUAGUAAGCACACAGAGAGACAGUGUACCUGAAACGAGUGAAUUAGAUGUUAAUUUAGAAAACAAACCUGCAGAGAGGGAAAGCAUUAUGUCGCCAGUAGAAAAGUCAGAAACAUGUUCAGAGUUGGAAGCCAUUGAAGAAGAAAUGGGUGUCGAUAACCAAUCAGAAAGUACUAUAAGUUUUGUUGAUACGGAACCCACAGAGCCAAGAGACAGUGAUAGAAAAGUCAAUACAGUGAUUCCGAGGAGAAGAUCGAGAACAAGAUCAGCGGAUGUCACGUUAGGGCCUGUGAAACCCAGCCUUCAGAAUAUAGAAACCGUGAACAAAAAGCAGCAACUUAGAACAAGGGCACGACAAAAGAGUGACAGUGCUGUCUUACAUGAGACCCAUGAGAAAAUCCAGGACUUGAGCACUUUGAAAGAGCUGCGCCUAAGUGAAAUAGAUGUGGAGAAAAGAUUAGAACUUGCUGGUGAAAAUGAGAAAACUGUGCUUGAUACUGUCGAAGAAAAGGAGAGUGUGCUUAGUUCUGAUACAAAUGUAUUAGCACAAAACCACAUUGAUACACCAGUUCCUGAAGCUGUGGUCCAAAGUGGAGAUUUACAAGACUAUCCCAUGACACCCAAAGAUAGUAGUACAGAAAUAGUUUCUGACCUAGUUAGUGUGGAAAGUACAGUGGUUAUGCCUGCUGUAGUGGAAGAUCCAGUUGUAGACCAAAGUGCAAAACCAGCUUCUGUGGAUACAGGUCGUAGGAAGGUUGGUCGACCUAGAAAGAAGAGAAGAGGUAAAUUAUUACAGUCUUUAGAUGUCAAGGUAUUAAAGGACAGUGUAGAAGCAGAGCCAUCUGUAGUGCCUGUAAGUAGAGAAGAGGUCGAGCAAAAUAUCCCCGAAAAUGUACAGGAGAGUAGACCAGUGAGAGAGAGGCGGCCCAGUUCUAAGUUGAUUGAGAGUUUGUCUUUUGAGAGUACAAAGAAAAACAAAUCUCCCAGAGCUGCCUUGGACCAUCAGUCAUUGACAAACCCCGAUUCAGAUGAAUUUACGGAUAAGCAGCAGGAGCAAGAGAUUAGCCAGGAAGAAAGGAUUUCCAGAAUAUCAUGUGUUCCGACUCCGCUGCUUCUGGACGACAAGGACAAUGAGGUAUUAGACAAGGAUUAUGUAUCCCCAGUAAGGGGUGCCGACCUCUCACCGUCAAGGGAGUGGCACGGCAGAGGAGCCAAGCUAAAGGCUCAGGUCCUCAUACAAGACCAGCAAGCGGGUGUAACUGAUUCUCAGAUCCUUCCCUCUAGUCUCGAGACUUCACCCAAUCCCAGAGGUUCCCCUGGUUCUGCUGGUCAAGACACGGUACCUAGGCUUCAACAGCCAGAGGAGUUUCUUCCCUCACACAGUUCGCCACCAAAGACUCACAUUUCCAAAUCUCCUAUUAGUCCUAGAUCUCUCAAGUCUCCAAGGUCCCCCUCGCACGAUGACCGGGAGUGGCAGGCGCGAAGAGCGAAACUCAAGGCUCAGGUUAUGAUAAGUGACCAACAGAGUGGACUUUCAGAUUUCAUUGUAGAUUCAGCAGAAGAAGACUCUGCAGCCCCUGAAAUUGCUUCUCCACCUGUAAAGAAACUGAAGCUGGAUGGUUCACCAGGUGCAACGCGAGACAUCAGGAGUUUCUUCUCAGUGUGCAAGUCUCCCGAGUCUGCAACUGCAGAACAGCCCGAUUCUCCCUUGCAUGUGUCCCCAGCCAUCCAAAGUCCGCCAGCGCCAAGGAGUCACAAGAAAAGAAUUAAUAGAUAUUCGAAUAAGAAGUCUGAUAUUCGGUCCUUCUUCUCGGUCGACACUGCUGGCAAGAGAAAGUUGAAGUCUCCCCCACAUCAUUCUCCCAAAACAGUAAGAAUAAGUGAUGGUGUCCAGAGUAAAUCGCCGAAGAGCUCGCCGAGAAAGCAGGAUGUGAAGGCAGUACAAAAGCUCCACCAGACUUAUGAAAAAUUAGAAAAGGAAGCUUUUGAUAUUGCAGCUCCAGCUCUUCCAAGCAACCUCCAGAACUUUGAAGGAUUCGAGAGGUGUUCUAGGCAGUCGGGUCUGAGAGCCAAAUCUCUCCUAAGACUUGUGUCAUUGCUGGACAUGAAGAGAUGGUACCAUUUAGGAAAGUUCCCCCUACCUGUUGAUCACCUGUGUGAUUGGAAUGAAGAAGUCUUAAAUUCCAAUAUCUUUGACUGAAUUUGAAUUACCAUUUUAUUUCUGUGUUCUCGACAAGGUCUAUGGACGACUGAUUUUGAUUGCAGUUUGUCAUCUGAUUAUGUAAAUAGAAGAUAUAAGUAUAAGAAAACUCUAUUCUGGAAGUGUAUCUUACCCAAGAAGUACUUCUUUUAAUAUGUUAUGUUAGGUGAUAUAUUGAAAAUGUUCUGUUUUCAUAGUCCUUGCUAUGACAGAAGAAAAUAUUUUCAGGAAUCAGGUAUUAAAGCUCUAAACUGUGACUUGAAAUUGUACAAGAUAUUAACCUAAGUCUUCUGCUCGGUAGUGUAUGUGGGAUGUUCUGUGUAUAUUCAUUAUUUAUUGCACAUGUAUGCAGUGAGGGUCUAGACUCUCCAGUAAUUGAGUCGAUUAUAGUUGACAGAACGCGUAUUUUAGUACAGGUAACUUUAAGCAUUUUUUGUAUGCUGCACCAAGUUCCAUUUAUAGAUAUUAAUUUCUAAAUAUUUCAUAAAAAGUGAAUCAAGGUCCAGUGUUGAGGUUCUUUCCAGAUGUAGUGAAUCGUUGGGGGAUUUUCGGGCUCUUUAGUGAGUGGUUGUAACUUGUACGAUACUAUGACCUAUGUAUAAUGAGCUGGCUAUCUGGGUUCAACAUUGUUUUCGAUGUUAUUCGUUGUUAUCUUUUGGAUGUUUAAUACACCUUUUUGUAUAUGUGUUCUUAUCUUUCUUCUAAAAACCAAAAACAAAAACUCACAAGCUGAAAUUCUUGGCGUAUUUAGUUGGUGCAGAUAAUAUUUAUAAUUUUUAUUAUUAUUUUUCAUUCCUGUCUCUUUCCUCUUUCCCUCUCCACCCUCUUCUCUCUCUUCUCUCCUUCCUCUUUGCAUCAUCUUCCCUUCUCUCCUCUC